AAGUUGAAUGGAUUUGGAGCGCUUUUUAUAUGUGUUGGCGCCACAGAAAUCAGUUGUUUAGCUAGACAGCAGUGAAUGCACAAGAAGAAUCUUUGCCUUGUCGGUAACAUAUAUUCUCUAGAAACAUGACGAAGCUGUCAGAGGGAGCCAUAGAGGCUCUGGCGUCUGGGAACCCUUUUAGUGAUCCUGUUCUCCAGCUGGUGAAUAUCCGCAGGAUUGACAGUGGCAGUGGGCCCGCUCGUUUCCGUGUAAUGAUGAGUGAUGGGAAGCACACUCUGUCCUCCUUCAUGCUCUCCACACAGCUGAACCAAAUGGCUGAGGACAACAUCCUGGUUCCUAACUGUUUGUGUGUUCUGAAGAGACACGUGACCAAUACACUGAAGGACGGACGGCGUGUGGUCAUCAUUUUGGAAAUAAAUGUGGUCAAACCUGCUGAAGACGUUGGUGGGAAGCUUGGUGACCCAGUUCCUUACUCUGAAGGUCAGAGUCGAGGUCCAGCACAGUCUGCUCCCCUGUCGGCCCCAGUGCCAGAGAGUCGGACUCCGCUUCAGCCACAGAACCGAAAUGAAGUGGUGAACAAAGGAGGCUUCAACAAAGAAUUUCGAAAAAAUGCUCCGUCUUCUGUGUGUUCAACACCCGGGGUUGGGUCCAAGGUGGCGCCCAUAGCCAGCCUCAACCCUUAUCAGUCCAAGUGGACCGUCCGCGCACGUGUCACUAACAAGAGCAGUAUCCGCACAUGGAGCAACUCCCGUGGAGACGGGAAACUCUUCUCUAUGGAGUUGGUGGACGAAAGUGGAGAGAUCCGCGUGACUGGCUUCAACCAGGAGGUGGAUAAGUUCUACACCCUCGUGGAGGUCAGCAAGGUGUACUACAUCUCAAAGGCCUCACUGAAGAUCGCUAACAAACAGUACACGUCUGUGAAGAACGACUAUGAGAUGACGCUGAAUGGAGAAUCCACCAUCAUUCCAUGUGAAGACAACUGUGACGUUCCCAUGAUGCAAUACGACUUUGUUACAAUCGGCGACUUGGAGAACAGAGAGAAAGACGCCACUGUUGAUGUUAUUGGAGUUUGCAAGAGUGUGGAUGAGGUGACCCGCCUGACGACCAAAACAAACAGAGAGGUGUCCAAGAGGACCCUCGCUCUGAUGGACAUGUCAGGGAAGGUGGUGAACGUCACAUUAUGGGGCGAGGAAGCGGAGCAGUUUGACGGCACUGGUCAGCCUGUUUUGGCCAUCAAGGCAGCGAAGCUCUCCGACUUUGGAGGGCGCUCCCUCUCUGCGUCCUUCAGCAGUACCUUGGUGGUCAACCCAGACAUUCCUGAGGCCUACAAGCUCAGAAGCUGCUAUGACAAAGAAGGACAUGCUAUGGAGGCUCAUUCUUUGACUGAGGUCAGAGGUGCUGGUGGUGGUGGAUACAUAAACUGGAAAAUGCUCUCUGACAUCAAAACUGAGCAUCUGGGACAUGGAGAGAAGGCGGACUAUUUCACCUGCCUAGCUACCAUCGUGUACCUGCGAAAAGAGAACUGUCUGUACCAGGCCUGUCCAAGUCAAGAUUGCAACAAAAAAGUGGUGGACCAACAGAACGGCAUGUACCGAUGUGAGAAAUGCGACAAAGACUUCCCCAACUUCAAGUACCGCCUCAUUUUGUCUGUCAACGUGGCAGAUCAUGGUGACAGUCAGUGGAUGACCUGUUUUCAGGAAACUGCAGAGGCUAUACUUGGUCAGAACGCAGCUUAUCUUGGACAGCUCAAAGACUCGAAUGAAGCAGCCUAUGACGACAUCUUUCAAAUGGCAAACUUCAGCACCUUUAUCUUUCGCAGCAGAGUGAAGCUAGAAACCUAUAAUGACGAAUCCAAAAUCAAGGCAACAGUAAUGGAGGUGAAGCCUGUGGACCACAAAGAGUACAGCAAGAGGCUGAUUAUGAACAUAAGAAAACUGGCUGCUCAGUAAAAACGCCCCAUCCAGCACUAUGUUUUGUUUUGGUUUAUUUUGUUUUGUACAGAUAACUAAGAAUUUUCAAAGUAAACUAGAUCCCUGCGUCUGGCAUAUUUAGUGGCGCAGGGCUUUUGUGUGAUUUCUAUGUGAUUUCAUUUAUGACCCCUUAGAAAAGCCAAUAAAGUUGAGGCUCGUAUCAGUGACAAA